UAAUUCUUUUUCAAUGUGUCUGAUGUUGAGAUCUUAAGUCAUUGAAGGGGAUUUGAAGCAGUCAGCAGAUCACCGGAGGAGGAAGCGCGGCGGAAGCGGGAGGCGGCGACCGGCGAAGGCAGAGGCGGCGAAGGCGGACUCGGGGCGAGGUUUGAGGCGCAGAGACAAGGCGGCAGGAGACAAGGCGGCGACCGGCGAUCUGCCGAUCUGGAGGAGGUCCGCGUUGCUGGAGUUCUAGCUUUCCAAUUUCCAGUUUGGCAGUGAGGAAGAAGAAGCGAAGAAACGGGAGGAGGAAGAAUCAAAGGAACUCUAGUUCCAUUGGAAUAUAAGUUCCAAUCAACCAAACAUGGGAAAAGUGCAAUUUCUUUGAUUUGAAGGAACCCACUUCCACUGGAAAAACACUUCCAGCGAACCAAACAUGCCCUUAGAGAAGAAGCGCUGAAACUGUACCUAUACUAUACGGAGGUGUCCACUGUUUGACUUCUUUUGUUAUUGCUGGAUCCAAAUGACAUUAGUAGAUGAAUGAUGAAGCGUUUCGUUUAUAUUAAUGAUGAUGAUCUAUCACAAAAUAUUUUUUGUGACAACCGCAUAUCUAAUCGAAAAUAUACCUUAUGGAAUUUUCUUCCAAAGAACUUGUGGGAACAAUUCAGUCGGUUUAUGAACCAAUACUUUUUGUUGAUUGCUUGCCUUCAACUGUGGUCACUCAUUACACCAGUAAAUCCAGCUAGCACAUGGGGUCCCCUUAUUUUUAUAUUUGCAGUCUCAGCAACAAAAGAGGCAUGGGAUGAUUACAAUAGAUCCCUCUCAGACAAGAAAGCAAAUGAGAAGGAAGUUUGGGUUGUACGGCAAGGCAUUAGAAAACAUAUUCAAGCUCAAGACAUUCAUGUUGGGAACAUAGUGUGGCUUCGCGAGAAUGAUGAAGUCCCUUGUGAUCUUAUCUUAAUUGGUACUUCUGAUCCACAGGGUCUGUGUUAUGUGGAGACAUCUGCCCUUGAUGGUGAAACUGAUCUGAAGACAAGGGCAGUAGCUCCUGCUUGUAUGGGUAUUGAUUCUGAGUUAUUGCACAAAAUCAAGGGUGUGAUUGAGUGCCCCAAUCCUGAUAAAGAUAUUAGAAGAUUUGAUGCAAAUAUGAGACUGUUUCCUCCAUUUCUUGAUAAUGAUGUGUGCCCCUUGACCAUAAAAAAUACAAUACUUCAGUCAUGCUACUUGAGGAACACAGAGUGGGCUUGUGGAGUUGCAGUUUAUACAGGAAAUGAAACAAAACUGGGGAUGAGCAGGGGUCUACCUGAACCCAAGCUUACAGCAGUUGAUGCUAUGAUUGACAAAUUGACUGGAGCAAUAUUCAUUUUUCAAAUUGUUGUUGUCAUGGUUUUGGGCAUAGCUGGGAAUGUGUGGAAAGAUACUGAAGCGAGGAAGCAAUGGUAUGCCAAAUAUCCAGAUGAAGGUCCAUGGUACGAGUUAUUGGUCAUCCCACUUCGUUUUGAGCUUCUUUGUUCCAUCAUGAUACCCAUUUCAAUAAAGGUAUCUCUAGAUCUUGUGAAAAGCUUGUAUGCAAAAUUCAUUGACUGGGACAAUGAGAUGGUUGAUUUGGAAACUGGGACAGCGUCGAAAGCAACAAACACAGCAAUUAGUGAGGACUUGGGACAAGUAGAAUACAUUUUGACUGACAAAACAGGGACACUCACUGAAAAUAAAAUGAUUUUUAAAAGAUGUUUUGUUAAUGGAAGUUUCUAUGGCAGUGAGAAUGGAGAUGCUGUAAAAGAUUCAGAACUGCUUAAUGCUGUUGCCUCUGGUUCUCCUGAUAUUAUCCAAUUUUUGACUGUUAUGGCAAUAUGCAACACAGUGGUUCCUGUACAAAGCAAGGCUGGACCAAUCUCAUAUAAGGCACAAUCACAAGAUGAAGAAGCCCUUGUGCAUGCUGCUGCUCGCUUAAAAAUGAUUUUUCUAAAUAGGAAUGGACCUGUUCUUGAAAUCAAGUUUAAUGGUUCAAUAAUUCAGUAUGAAGUAUUGGACACUCUUGAGUUUACUUCUGACAGGAAGAGAAUGUCUGUGGUGGUCAAAAGCUCUCAAACUGGAAAAAUAUUCCUCCUCUCCAAAGGAGCAGAUGAGGCAAUUCUUCCGUGUGCAUAUGCUGGACAACAAACAAGAACGUUCUCUGAGGCUGUAGAACAAUAUUCUCAGCUAGGUCUGCGAACUUUAUGCUUGGCUUGGCGUGAGCUUGAGGAAGAUGAGUAUCAUGAAUGGUCCUUGAUGUUUAAAGAGGCUAAUAGUACAUUGGUGGACAGAGAGUGGAGAGUGGCUGAAGUCUGCCAGAGACUAGAGCAUGACUUAGAGAUUCUUGGAGUUGCUGCAAUUGAAGAUAGACUCCAAGAUGCUGUCCCUGAAACUAUUGAGACACUCAGGAAAGCGGGAAUAUACUUUUGGAUGUUGACUGGUGACAAGCAGAACACUGCUAUACAGAUUGCUCGUUCCUGCAAUUUAGUUUCUCCAGAACCUAGAGGCCAACUUCUACCGAUUAAUGGAAAAACUGAGGAUGAAGUGUGUAAAAGCCUAGAGAGAGUACUGCUGACAGUGAGAAUAACAAACUCCGAGCCCAGGGUAAAGCUUGAAGGACUUUCUGUGUUGAUUUUGACCAAGAGAAUAAAUCUGACUUUCUGUGCAUUCUUGGUGGGACAUAUUCAAGUUGAUCGCAAAACAUUUGUCAUUGAUGGUUGGGCUCUUGAAAUUGCCCUUAAGCAUCACCGAAAAGCUUUCACAGAACUUGCCAUACUCUCAAAGACAGCUAUAUGUUGCCGUGUUACUCCAUCUCAAAAAGCUCAGCUUGUGGAACUACUAAAAUCUUGUGAGUAUAGAACACUGGCAAUAGGGGAUGGUGGAAAUGAUGUGAGGAUGAUCCAACAAGCUGAUAUUGGUGUUGGCAUAAGUGGGAGAGAAGGACUACAGGCUGCUAGGGCAGCUGACUAUAGUAUUGCAAAAUUUCGGUUUCUGAAACGACUAAUACUCAUCCAUGGACGGUACUCUUAUAACCGGACUGCAUUUCUUUCCCAGUAUUCCUUCUACAAAUCCCUUCUGAUUUGUUUCAUUCAAAUCUUUUUCUCAUUCAUUUCAGGUGUCUCUGGAACUAGCCUUUUCAAUUCUGUCAGUUUGAUGGCUUAUAAUGUGUUCUACACAAGUGUUCCAGUUCUAGUCAGUGUUCUUGACAAAGAUCUCAGUGAAAGAACUGUAAUGCAGCAUCCUCAAAUACUGUUCUACUGCCAAGCUGGAAGGCUUCUCAACCCUAGCACAUUUGCUGGAUGGUUUGGUCGAUCUCUCUUUCAUGCAAUUGUUGUCUUUGUCAUUACCAUACACUCUUAUGCCUUUGAGAAGAGUGAGAUGGAGGAGAUGUCGAUGGUGGCACUUUCUGGAUGUAUUUGGUUGCAGGCAUUUGUUGUUGCAAUCGAGACCAAUUCCUUCACAGUAUUGCAACAUAUUGCCAUAUGGGGAAACCUCAUUGCAUUUUAUAUUAUCAACUCGGUUCUAAGUGCCUUACCAUCAUCUGGGAUGUACACAAUCAUGUUCCGGCUCUGGAGACAGCAAUCUUACUGGAUCACCAUCUUUCUUAUAGUUGCAGCUGGAAUGGGUCCAAUACUAGCCCUGAAGUACUUCAGAUACACAUACACAUCAAGUAAAAUCAAUAUACUGCAGCAGGCUGAGCGUUUGGGAGGGCCAAUCAUGUCCUUGGGACACGUAGAGCCUCAGUCUAGAUCCAUGGAGAAAGAUAUGGUUCCUUUAUCAAUUUCUCAGUCCAAAAUCAGAAGCCCCGUGCACGAGCCCCUUCUCGCAGACUCUCCAAACGCAACAAGACGUUCUUUUGGACAAGCCACGCCAUUUGACUUCUUUCAGUCACAAUCCCGGUUAUCUUCAAACUAUACAAGAAACUGUAAGGACAAAUGAUAAUUGAUACCCCAUUGUGAAGAAGGGUUCUUUAUUUAUGAAACUUUUACACAUCAAUACCAUAACCAUACCGUAGGGGGUCAAGAUGUUGAGUCGCUUUUUGGACAAUCGGCACAUACAAGUGUCCCUAUACACUUGUAGGCUAAUCUAAUUAUAUUGUUUAGAUUUUUUUUUUUAAAAGAAACAAUUGUGCAUCUUUGUAUAUUUUAUAUAAAUUGUAUAGCCUUGUCUAUGAUGUUUUCUGGUGUUACCAGCUGUA